GAUCUCCCUGGUCCAUCCAGUGCGGCUGAAGCAAGAACGCCAACCGAUCCUAGCGAGAAACACAUCUUCGUCGACUUCGAUCAAGGUACUCUCGUACACAAAUUCGAUUCCUUGCGCGGGGUGUCGGUGAAGCAUAUUGUCUGAUGUCAGUAUCAGGAUGCAGAUCUUUGUGAAGAGCCCCACCGGUCGGACAAUCUGCCUCAGGGUACAACCAUCAGAUACCUUGCAAACCGUGAAGGCAAAGAUUCAGGAACGGGAAUACCUUGUCUAUGAUGGAGUGCGGCUCGAGGACAAUAAUCUUACACUAGCUGACUAUGGCAUCCAGCAUAGAUCUACGCUUGACCUCGAAGAGAAGAUGCAAAUCUAUGUAGUGGAAACACUAGCAGGCACAACCAUCACUCUUGAGGUGGACAGCUCAGAAACUAUUGACAGCAUCAAGGGAAAGAUUCAGUAUAGUGAGAGAUUUCCUAAGGUUCAGCAGUGCCUCAUAUUUGGUGACAAACAGCUGGAGGACAACAGCACCUUGGCGGACCACAACAUUUCAAAGGAGUCCACCCUUCUUCUUGUCCUCCACCCGCUUCCAAGAGGCACCAUGCGUAUCAAGGUAUAUAUUGGCGAUGGAAGGAUUGUCCCUCUGGAAGUUCAGAAGUCAGAUACGAUUGCCAGUGUCAGUUUAAAGAUCUAUGAGAAGGCCUUUGUUCGGCCCGUACAGCAUGCAAUCUAUUUUGACUCAACGAGGCUGGAGGGCAGCAAGACCCUGGCACACUAUGGCAUUGAGAAUGGGGAUACUCUCGAUUUGAUUAUCUGCCAGUGUGGCUGUUGAGGUGGAUGUCAUGCUGGGUCAUCAGUCUUCUUCGUUUGGAGCAUAGGUGUGUCAUCAGUAAAAGUAUCAUUGUAUUGCUGCAGUCUUUAUUUCCAGUACUGUUAUGCUAUGAGCAAAACUAUCUAAGAUCUCAUAUCAAGAGUCUCCUGGGUCU